CGCGCGUUCUUUGUUUAGCUCGCUUUGCGUCGCUAACGGAAGCCUGCGGUGCUUCUCCAGCGCUCAGCUCUGAUUAAUCGCGCUGCUUCAUUGGGUUUCGUAACGACAUGCAUUUGCUGGACGCGUUAGUGAGCGUCAUUUAUUGUUGUCAGAAUGUUUAUCAGCCCUCGUGCUAACAGCAUGCUAUGCUAACGUUAGCAUAACAAACGCCAGACGGAAAAGCGACAAAGAACCACAGGACAGUUGAUAUGGAAGAGCCUCCCAGCGACUCGGAUGGUUUACAGCCUCAGGAUCUGUCCUCCGCCUGCAGCCUUCCCAACAUCUUCCAUCUGACGCGGAACGCCGAGGAAUGCCUUCUGAAAGCCAACCCCAUCGACGCCUUGCAUGUCGUCCAGACGCCAGGCUGGUUUGUCAAUCCUGGGACCAGCAAUGGGAUAUUGCUUCCCGAAACUGACUCUGAACCGCUUCCGCUUCCCACAGACCAGAUCCAACCGGAUAAUGCGUUUUCCAACACGACCGUCACGCUCUCCUACGUGAGCCGGUCGCACGUCUUCUCCGAGCAUUCCCCGAUCGUUCCUUCCUUGAGCAAAGCGUUUGCGCUGCAUCCCGCCGCUUAUGAUGGCGGGCAGCUGGUGACGGAUGCAGGAGAUGCUGCGCUUUCGGUGGACCAACACUGUCUCCAGCAGGUGUCUGUACCGGUCGGACUGACGGCCUGCGAUCAGUUCGGCUUCAUGUCACCGGCUCAGGUUGUGGAAAACGUGGCGGCGUUCUGCUACCUUCAGCAACCUCCGGAUAUGCAAGAUGUGGAAAACCUGGCUUUGGAAACGCUCAAAUCUUUACAAGCCGAUCCCAGCGAGUGCAGGUUUCCCAUCAGCAUGGAUGAGCUUCAGAACGGAGCGGCGAAUGGCCUUUGGAAUGUCGGACCCUUCGAGGGAGGAUAUCCGGAGGAUAACGGUGCGAAUGCAGAUGGUUUGCACCGGAACGCCAAUCCGGAGCUCGUCUUUCUCAUCUCCAGAUCAGAGGAGCCGGUGGUUUUACCAAACGACGGCUUCGCCAUUUCAUUAAACCAAGACUUCAUUAAUCCGUUAGAUCCUCAGUCUCCGUUGGCAGAGCAAAUAGAGGAUGUUUUUGCGAGUUCUCUGAGUGGAGCAAAGCAAGAAGAGGAGUUUGAUUCUACAAUGCCAGAGGCAGCUGAGACCGAAACAACAGAAAGACCAACAGAGAAAACUGACAGAACGUGCAACACAGAGUCCGUGCAUGUCAACGAUGCAUCUGCAGAACAAACCGACACGGAUGCAUUCAAAACAAGCAACGAUUUGCAGUCUAGCGGCAGUUCGCUCGUGCUUGAGAGGAAAAGACUGCCUCCGAGAGCUAGACGAGGUGUAAGAAUGGAAGCCAUCGUUCAAGACAUCCAUCCCAUCAGGAGUCGUGUGUGUAAAAGAAAAGUUCAGAAGAAAAAGGUGCUGGAAAAGAUGCGUGAUGUAAAGAAGAAAAAGACUGAAGAAACCGACGUCAGACGUUCCAGCAGACGUAAAGCCACACAAUCUACCUCAAUUUCUGCAAAGAUGUUAGAUGCAUUUGUAAAACGCACAAAGAAAAAAUCCUCCGAAGGGAUAGAAAGCCUUCAUCCGGUACCAGUCAAGCAUCAAAAACCAAUGCCGGCUCAACAAGUCCUGAAGAAAUCUGCCAAACGGAAGAGAAAGAAACACACAGUCGGCCAGGCGUCAUUUUUCUCACCACAGGAACCUGAAAUCAAACUCAAAUGUCUGAGCUACAAGGAGAAGAAGGAUGUGCGGGAUGAGACCUUCGCACCUUAUGUGCGCAUGCAGAGCAAAGACUUCCCCGUCUGUACGGUGGUCAACUAUCCCGAGGACAGCGUCCGGAUCAAGCAGGGAAAGCGGCAGGUGUGUGCCGGGUUUGCGACCGGUGAGAUGCCCGUGACGCCUGGAUUGCAGUACGGUCGGGUCUGUGUGGAUGUCACACAGCGGGAUGUUCUGGUCUGCUGUCUCUGCGGAGGCUCGGCCAAUGCCAUGGACCUCGGAGACUUGCAUGGGCCGUAUUACCCCGAAGGCUUCAAAUCAGCUUCUAAAGCGGUUUGUAAUCCACAGGAAGAGGAUAAUAGUGACUCGGACUCGUCUGUUCGAGAAAAACGCCUGGAGUCUCUUUGGACCAGUGAUAGCGAGUCGUCCAAUAGGCCUUCAUCUAAGAGAGCCAGGAUGGAUGGUGACACCGAUUGGUUCAGUCCUCCAGUGGUUCCUCUGGACGCUAACGAGCACUGGCUCCACGAGGACUGCGUGAUAUGGUCCGCAAGCGUCUUUCUGGUUCGGGGAAAGCUGUACGGACUGGAAAAUGCGGUCAGGUUGGCGAAAGCGUCGGUUUGUUCGACAUGUCAAAGAAGAGGGGCAACAUUGGGCUGCGUUUUCAAAGGCUGCUCGAACAAAUACCACUACACAUGUGCACUGCGGUCCGGUUGUGUAUUAAACGAGGAUAAUUUCUCAAUGAAAUGCAGAAAGCACAAGAACAAGUCCAUGAAAGGAUCAUCUGAUCGUCAAAUCAACAGGUGACAGGAGAACGAGGAUGCUAUGCAAGAGUGUGGUUGACCUCUAACUCCAGUGUUCCUCCGCGGGACCUUCAGACACCCAUCCACCUUAAUAAUUUUGCUGUUGCACUGCUCUUAACACCUGUCACUCUCACACAAACACAAGUUUGUUUGUGAGACUCAUACAAGGGUCAGAUGUGAGGACUGCGGGGAAGGUCAGAGAGAAUUGCACAGAGCAGAAGAACCACAGCACAAACGUGUGCUCCUCUUAAUGAUUUUAUAUGAUUUUACAAAAUAUGUGUCAUAUUUAUACAUUGGCGCAAAAUCAGUUUUUUUUGGAAAUGCUCAUCUAAAAUAUUUUUUGUUGUUGUUCAUUCUGUCUUAAUUUAUGAAAACAAAAAUAAAUUUUUAAAUAUACUGCUUGUCAAAAUGUAAUGCUUGUCUUCAUAAUCAACACUUUCUGUUCAUUUGGCAUCCAAUCAAGAAAAAUGUUCUUUGUAAAAUAAGGAAGCGUAAAAAAGUUGUGGAACCAACAGCUAGCAAGCAAUUAAGAAGGGCACUUUCUGUACAAAAUGGAAAAAGGAUGAUGAUUUAAUUUUGUCCAAGAUUAGUAUGUUGGCUUCAUGAUUUAUGCGUUU